UGAGAGCUUGCACCGGAUCCCCUCCAGCGACCACCACUCCUUCGCCUCUUUCGCUUCCGCAACCGCAAGGGCCAGAAUGAACACCUCCGUGGGCACCGCCGUCCUCGCUUUCCUGCUGGUCGCUGCCACCCUCUUCGCCCAGGGCCAGGCCAUCUCAGGGGAUCCCAGCCUCUGCUGCUUCGAAUUCAUCAACAAGCCAAUUCCACAGAAGAACCUGGUGUCCUAUGAACACACAAACCACAUGUGUGCCAUUCCGGCUGUCAUAUUUACCACAAAAGGCAACCGGAGGAUCUGUGCCAAUCCUCAAGACAAGUGGACACAGAGUCGCAUUGAUGAACUCUCUCGAAACUGACCACGUUCCCCUUUCCCUUCCCAAAUGUCUCCUCCGCGAGAAGAAAGGAGGACGCCCUUCCGACUCGGAGGAGGAGAAUGGGGCACCUCUGCACUGUUGCACAUUAGUAACUGAAAAUGGUCGUUUGGGGUUUUAAAAGCCCUGGACCAAAGAAUGUAUUCUAUUUAAAUUAUGUCUAUCUAUUUUAAGCCAUUAUUUUGUAUAUGUAUAUAUCUAAUUUAAAAGGGAAGCCGAAGCCGUCUAAAGGCAAAACAUCAGUGAAUGAACUGCUGCAUAAAUAAACCUCAGGGCAAACAAAACUUUGCGGUCUCCAGUGGUUUCACUUUGGAGUAGCCCUCCCAGGCCGGGUCCAUGGGGCAGGAGGAAGGGGACCCAC